AUGUCUUCAGAUUCAGAUACUACUCCAAUGCCCACUGGCUCUUCCAAUACUCAAGGAGAGACCAUACCCGGUGAUUUCACCUCAGCCGAAAGGGUCAAGCCCUUGCAAGCUGACGUUCACCGACUCAAAGUCGGCGAUGAACAUCGUGACAAACCAAUUUCUACACCUGGCAGCAGGAAAGUCGAAACUGGUAGCGAGGGUAAUGGCACUGCGGAAACAGCCAGUCCUAACGAGGACACGCGCGCGAAACAAAAAAGCGAUGAGGAUAACAGAAGUGAUGAAUCGUGGGAGGAGGUGAAGAAUGAGAGUACUCAAGCUACGGGAGAAAUAGAACAGGAUAGCAGACCGGUGUGGAUGGGUCACAGUGCAGAGGAGAGUGCGACACAGGAGGAGGGGUCGGGAGAGGAUAUUGCACCGGAGUUUCGACCAAGGACGCCGAGACCUUACACUUUGCAUGGUGAAUGA